AUGACCACAGGACGUAUGCAUGCAUACUAUCAGAAGAAAAGGGAUGAACUUUAUCGAAAGAUGGUUAUUGAAAGAAUUAGCAUUGAUGGUAACGUCUUUGACAAAGACAUGGAAUACCGAUACGAAAAGUUGAAGUUCAAAGUCGUUCGUUUUGCAAUGGACAAAAUAAGAGAAAACACGAUCUAUUCUCUUCGAACUGGAUUUGUGACAAGAGGAGAGAACUGUAACUGCGCUGAUCGUAUCAAUUACAAGCUACCUUGUCCCUGUGUAAUUGCUGCAAAUUCGGAUGUUCUCCCUCUCGAAGUAGUCCAUAAGCGCUGGAGACUUGAAUUUGAUGAAAAUUUUGAUGGAUUAGAAGAUAAGUAUAGCUUAGAUAAGACGGUUGAGGAGAAAGAAGAAAAAGAGACUACUUUUUAUAGAGAUCCCAAAAAAGAAGAAACGUCUGUCCAACAUGAUGAUAAAAGUGAUGUUGUUUCAGUCGUAUCAGUCAGUGAUGAGGAAAAAGAUAAUGAUUACAGUUUUAUACCACUUGCGGACGAUGAAAAAUUCGAACAAAAGCAAAAUAGUGAAGAACCCGUACAAAGAAGAACCGACUCCUCUACGCAGCAGCAAAUAGCAGAUGCAUCGACUGUUUUAGAAGAAACUAAUGAUAAAAUUUCAAAUCCUGCUAUCAAAAGAGAUCAGUUGAAACCUCCUACAGCUAAUUCCAAUAGAAAAGGCAGAACCUCUGCAAAAGGAGUAAAAAGUGGAACAAAACGACUACAAAUAGCGAAAGAAUUGUUUGAAGAAAGUCAAAAAAAAGGACAUUAA